AUGGAGCCGCCACCACGACCCUCGAGUUCGCUGUUCGAUGUCUUUCUGCGCCUGCGCCCUUCCAACUCGGGAAGUGCGCGCUUCCUCAGCGUCGAAGAGAGCGAGAACCAUCAUCCAACUCAUAUAACGAUACAACCGCCUACGCAAGAUAAACGCAAGCGCGCUGUUGAACGGUUCGCUUUCACGCAAGUCUUCGAAGAAGAUGCGCGGCAAAUGGAUUUGUUCAAGGGCACUGGUGUGGUUCCCAUGAUUGAAGGUGUCAUGGGCGCACCAGGCCACCACGGCCGAGAUGGACUUCUUGCAACGCUGGGUUGCACUGGCUCUGGAAAGAGUCACACGAUCCUUGGCACCAAAUCCCAGCGCGGCCUCGUUCAGAUGACACUGGACGUCAUUUUCCAAGCAUGCGACGAGCAGCUCGUACAAUCCCUCUAUGGCGCCCCGGCGUACUCCUCGCUCGCAAAUGCAGAUGUGUCAGAAGCACAAAUGUACACUGCGACCGCAUACAUCGAAAAUAUGUAUGGCGACAACAACCAGUCGGGUCGCUAUUCACGAGCGCAAACCCCCGUGGCAGAUUGUAGUAUAUUCUCCACAGGAAGCACAUACAAGUCAAACAAAAUGCCACGUCCGUCUACACUCCCACAAUCACCCUCGGUGGCCGAUAUCCAGAUACCUACAGAUCCGAGCGCAGAAUACGCAAUCGUCAUGUCAAUGUACGAAGUCUACAACGACCGCAUCUUCGACCUGUUGAGCGGAAACGCCUUGAAGAACAAACAGCCAAACGUGAAGCGCAGGGCGCUCCUCUUCAAGAGCACCGAGAAGAGUCCAGACCGAAAGGUCGUCGCUGGCCUCACCAAGAUCAUAUGCGGAAGCUUCGAGGAAGCUAUGAUGGUGCUGGAAACAGGUCUCAUGGAGCGCAAGGUCACUGGCACUGGAAGCAAUGCUGUGAGCUCGCGGAGUCAUGGCUUUUUUCACAUUGAGAUCAAGAAGAGAGACGCAGAACGCCAAGAUCCAUGGUCCAGCAGUAACCUUACCAUCGUCGACCUGGCAGGUUCAGAGCGUGCCCGAAAUGCUAAGACCGCGGGUGAGACGCUUGCGGAAGCUGGCAAGAUCAACGAGUCCCUCAUGUAUCUGGGUCAGUGCAUGCAGAUGCAGUCUGACAACCAAGGAGGUUCAAAGAACAUUGUGCCCUUCCGCCAGUGCAAACUCACGGAGCUCCUCUUCUCGAAUUCGUUCCCUGCCUCCGCCCGUCAAGCACAAUCGCACCGUCAGCCUCAAAAGUCCAUUAUGGUCGUAACGGCAGAUCCCAAAGGCGACUACAACGCCACGUCGCAGAUUCUCCGCUACUCCGCCCUCGCUCGCGAGGUCACCGUGCCACGAAUGCCAUCCACCUCCGACACAAUCGGUGUACCACUCAAGCGCCCUGGUACAGCCUCCUCAGGACGCGCGACCCCUUCAGGUCGCACAACACCCUCGGCUGUAAUGGAAGAGCUUGAAUAUGCCAACGCCGAAAUCGCACGCCUUACCUCGGAAAUCGAAAUCUUCGCUCUGCGCCUCACCGAGGAGACAGCUCGCAGGAAAGCAGCUGAAUUUUCCUGGGCCGCAGCCGAAGACCACAUGGUAGACCUCGAGCAAGAGAUCCGCGACGAAUGCUAUCUCGAAAUGGAAGCUGCUGUCGAGCAAGAACGCCGAAGAUGGCAGACGGCACUAGACAACGAACAAGACAACCAGCAAGCACACAUCGACUCCAAGAUCGACGUCGUCAUCCGCGCGACCAAGGCACAGAUGAAGCAAGAGAUCAAGGUGUACGAAGACCCAGACCCAGAACUCCGCGACCGGGUCGACGAACUGGAGCGAGAAAACGAGAUGCUGCGGGCCAGAUUAGAGGCCAGUGAGCGCGAGACGAUGCAGCGCUCUGCGAGUCCGAUCAAGAAGAUGAGGAUUCUGAAGAGCAAGAAGUGGCAAGAUCCUGAAAGCACGUUGGGGGGAUAUGGCAUCGACGAUGAAUGA